ACAAUUAUAAUUGCUGUCAAAAAGCCAUGCAAACAAACCUAUGGUGUUGAAGAUACAUUGAGGCUCCUUUAUCUUCAAUUGUUCGAUUGCUCAAGAGGGGAUAGAGUUAGAGACAUGAGCCGGUUGGAGAGGACAAAAAUAGUUCUUGUUAAUUGGUAUAACACAAUUAUUUUUGUGACAGAAUCCUCUUCUGAAAUAAACAACACUGAAGUAAAAGAUAUUUAUAUUCAAAUAUUGCGUGGCAGAGAUGGUCGUGAUGGUCUCACAGGAAGGGAUGGUCAGAAAGGAGAGAGGGGAGACAUAGGAAUAAAAGGUGAGAGUGGACCUAUGGGACCGGCAGGACCAAAAAGUGGAGGAGUAGUAUACACACGCUGGGGAAGGACAUCAUGUCCAACUGACACUGGAGCUGAACUGUUAUAUGAAGGAAUAGCAGGAGGAAGUAAAUGGGACCAACCAGGAGGAGGUGCCAACUAUAUCUGUUUACCAAAGGUUCCACACUAUGUCAGUACCCACAUACCUAGUCUGGAUGGCUCCUAUAUGUAUGGUUCAGAAUAUCGCAGUGUUAAUGGUAUAUUCCUAGGAAAGAAUUAUCACAAUGUUCCUUGUGCAGUGUGCUACACGGCUAAGAAGAGUGUGAAGCUAAUGAUCCCUGGAAGAAUUACUUGUCCCUCGACAUGGACUAUAGAAUAUAAAGGAUACCUCAUGGCCGAGCGAUACAAUCAUGCAAGGAAUACAGUAUACGAGUGUGUCGAUGAGAAUGUGGAGUCCCUUGCUGGUAGUGAUGACAGUAGCAAUGAAGUAACUGUGCUGUAUUUUAUACACUCCACAUGUAGUGGGCUACCCUGUCCACCUUAUGUCAACAAGAGAGUGCUCACAUGUGUUGUUUGUACUAAAUAA